AUGAGGCUGAGCAAGUCUGAACCCAUUUGUUGUCUUUUGUGAAGAUCCCUGGUGCCAUUCAGGGACUUACGAUUCCGUUUGACCAGCCUAAAUUGCUCAAAUUAUGGUUAAAUAAAUGCAAAGGUUUAGCUGUGAAUUUCCGCAUACAGAAGAAACAUGAAUUUCAGACAUUUUUAGAGAUAAUAAUUUUAUAAAUAAAGUACGUUGGAUAGAAUAUCUGCAUCUAAUAAAGUAGAAAUAUUUGCCAAGUUUUUAAUCGCACAUUGUUGUAUUGUUAGGUGAAGUUUGCACUAAAAGGAUUUAUAUAUGAUUAGAUGGUUUCAUUCAUCAUCAGAAAGUGUUUCACCUCACUGUAUCUCUCCAUCUGGUUGUAGUUCCGAGGAACUUCCGACUGCUUGAAGAACUAGAACGGGGAGAGAAGGGCAUAGGCGAUGGGUCUGUGAGCUAUGGAAUGGAUGACGUAGAGGACAUCCUCAUGUGCUCCUGGACUGGCACAAUCAUCGGACCCCACAAUGUAAUGCAUGGUUCUCUAUACUCUCCGAAAUACUUCAGACUUCAGACUUCAGACUUCCCUCUCAUCUGCCAUUGCUGUUGCUGUCUCCAGUCUGUCCACGACGGGCGCAUCUACCAGCUGAAGCUCUUCUGUGACAAAGAUUAUCCUGAUAAGCCUCCAAUCGUUCGGUUCCACUCGCGGAUCAACAUGGCGUGUGUUAACCAUGAGACUGGUGUGGUAAUUCUUCUAUCUUUUCAUAAGUUCAUUGCCUUUAUUGGCAUAAAAAGCUUUUCUAGGUGAUUUUGCAUCUUUUUUUGGAUGUACAUUUGAUGGAUAAUUUCCUUCCCUGCGCGGAACUUUGGCAGGUUGAGCCCACAAAAUUUGGCAUCCUGGCGACUUGGCAGAGGGACUACACGAUGGAGGACAUAUUGACCCAAUUGAGGAGGGAGAUGGUGUCGACUCACAACCGGAAGCUGGUUCAGCCUCCAGAGGGCACCUUCUUCUAG